GCGACCGUCGUCGGAGCGGGGUCCCCGCCUGGCGGGCCUACUCGCCUUCUCUCCGUGUCUCUCUCCCAGGCCAGAGCAGCAGCGGCAGGCAGGCAGGAGGGAGCCAUAUCGCACUCAAUGGAGGACUCCACCCGCGUGGCAUACUGUAUUGUGGCCGGCAGCUUUGUGGCUUUCCAGUUUUUCUUCUCGGCUGUCAGCCCCCAGCUGUCCUUGUCCCUGAGCGCCAGCUAUUCCACCCUUCCCUCCGUCAAACAGAGCGAAUGGAAUUCCAGAUGCGUGUCCACUCUCCAUGCGUUGGUCGUCGGCCUCUUCUGCCUCUACAUCCUUUGGUUUGAUGCCGCUGUAAAUGCCAACCCCAUCUGGGGAGACCCUUGGCUAGUUAAGCUGAAUAUAGCUGUCACCUGUGGCUACCUGCUGUACGAUCUGUUGCUGCUUGUGCGCUACUGGAGGACACUGGGCGAUUCCCUUUUCGUUUGCCACCACUUGGUAGCGCUAUACGCUUAUGGAUACGUGUUGAGCCGUGGGGUUCUGCCCUACUUUGCCAACUUCCGUCUCCUCUCUGAGCUCUCCACGCCCUUCGUGAACCUGCGGUGGUUCCUGGACACCGCUGGCUGGCCACGCUCCUCAUGGCUUGUCUUGGCCAACGGCCUGGCCAUGAUGGUGGUCUUCUUCAUGGUGCGCAUUGCUGUCAUCCCCAGCUAUUACACGCAGGUGUGCUCCUGGUAUGGAACUCCUGAGUAUGAGCGCCUGGGUCUGGGUGUCCAGCUGGCCUGGAUUGGGCCCAGUCUUGCCUUGGAGGUGCUCAACAUGGUCUGGAUGUAUCGCAUCAUCCGUGGCUUCUACCGAGCCUUCUGUCAGUCCAAGCCACACAAAGCAGCUUGAGGCUGGAGAGGUAGCAUACUUGGCCAGGAACACAGAGACCUCCAUCCUGGUGGACAAAAGCUGGAUAUCCCCUUUUCCUUCCCUUAGAGGCCAGUAACUGUAGGAACUGCCCUUGACCGACCCCUUUGGCCAGGGAAGCCUGGAUUCACACAACUGCAGCAUUUGCUUUUCUAUUCUGUCAAAGAGCGGCCUUAGUCAUCCUGACCAGAAUCAGUCACCAGGUGCUGGAGAGUGACUUCCAUUCAUGUUCUAGAGAUGGACUCCUAGUGGCAUCUGACAUAGUUGGAAACACAUAGUUUUGAAGUUCGUGUUUGUGUCCAGCAUAGAGCAUCUUUUGGCACACACUGUGAGGGAGGGAAAUACAGCUGGAUCAACAACUGCCCGGUCUUAUGGCUCAGCUAGGGCUUCUCAGGGCUUGUUGAGGGCAGCUAGAAUGGGACAUCAUAUGGCUAAGUAUGUGGCACUCCUAGUUGGAGCCUCAUGUGACAGGGAUUCCACCCGUUCCAGCUGUAUGUCCAUCCGUUGGAACAAUAGGCACCCUUGCCUUCUGGGUAGUCGAGGGUCCUAGCUUUAUGUGAGGGUCCUGCCUGGACAAUCUAAGGGGCAGGACUCUAGAAUCAUAGAAUCAUAGAAUAGCAGAGUUGGAAGGGACCUACAAGGCCAUCGAGUCCAACCCUCUGCUCAAUGCAGGAAUCCACCUUAAAGCAUCUUUGAUAGAUGGUUGUCCAGCUGCCUCUUGAAGGCCUCUAGUGUGGGAGAGCCCACAACCUCUCUAGUAAUUGGUACCAUUGUCGUACUGCUCUAACAGUCAGGAAGUUUUUCCUGAUGUCCAGCCGGAAUCUGGCUUCCUGUAACUUGAGCCCAUUCUUCCGUGUCUUGGCUGUCCUCAUUACAACCAGGCAAGGGAGAUGGCUAUUCCUAUUUUACAGAUGACAAACCAAGGCAGAGAGGGAAAGAGACUUACCCAAGACCACUGAUGUGUAAUUGGCUGACUAUGUUGCUGUCAGUCCCAGUCUACUUCUACAGGUCAAUAUUCAGCUUUCAUUAAAAACGUGGUUUUCUUUUUGGAUGUCAGAUUGCCAGGUGUUCGGGAUGAUUUAUCUCUCUCCCACAACAUGCUGAUUCUUUUCAGUGACUGAGGCCUUUAACUAUUCAACCUUCAACAGAUCCUAACUUGGACAGCAGAUCAUCACAGUAUGAGGAUAAUCUGCUGUAGCGAGAAAUCAUUCCAUUGUUAAGGCUAAAAUCCACCAGGAAAAUUUAUCCAUGUAAAACCCAUUGAAAUGCUGCUCUACAUAAGUACUUCAUGAUGGAUUGUGCCGUAUGAUUGCUCUGGACCAAACCAACUGACAUCAGGUGCUAACGAAUAAGAAUUUAUACACUUUGGAGCUAUUUUUUUUUAAAAAAAAAAUCUCAAAACUACCUGUGUGCUGGGAACAUUGAACGAUUAUUUUUAGAAGAAGCUUGUGAAAGGGUUGUUCCUGAAUCUGUGCCUUAAACAGCUUUGCCAAGUGCUCAGUAUCACCCUGAAAGUCUGAAAAGCACCCUCCGUUUCUUAGAUGGAUACAGCUGACAGCAUACAUCAUUGUACUCUGAACAAAUCUAUGCCCCAUAUCCAAGCAGUGGAAAUUCUUUCGUUGGUUUUCUCCUGCAGUUUAUAGAAUGGUUGAACACACCACACCAAUGCAAUGUUUAUAAUUUUCUAAUCUCUGUUUAUUAUCAAUGAGUUUUAAUAUAA